CCGAGACAGCUGUUAUAGGUUGGUGCAUGGAAAACGGUCCAAUCUUUGGAGUGGGUUGGGAUGCUCUACAAAACAGGAACGGGAGGGGAGGGGUAAAAAAAGUGACUGAAUCCACCUCUCUCCUCCCUGUGACGUCGCUCGGUGUGGACCCGGGGUACGCCGCUCUCUGGUCCCGUCUCAGCUCCGCUCAGUCCACCUCACCUGCCGCCUCUCAAAGCUGCGGGGGAGACGCGCGUCAGAGUCGGGCUGCUGCUCCGAAUACCCGGCUUUUUUCCCCCCCUCCUCCCCAUCUCCCUACUACUACUCCACGCCACUCGUCUUGUCCCACAUUGUCAGCGAACUGUUUCCACACUGCGUGAAGAGAGCAAGGACAGGAACCGGUCGCUAAUUUAGAAAACAAAAGGUGGCAAGAAGAUAAAAAGAAGAAAGGAGGGAGGCAGAGAAGAAGGAGGAGGAAAGAGGUCGCUGUGGUCCUUCUCCUUUCAGCAGUUGCUGAAUCUCCCACCGAGAAGAUGCCGAGGAUAGUGUGCAUGUUGGCAGUUCUGGCUGCGGGGCUGAGCGCCGCUCACACCAAAGUGAACAAACACAAGCCCUGGAUAGAGACAUCAUACCAUGGAGUGAUAACUGAAAACACUGAUGUUGUUCUGUUGGACCCUCCACUGGUUGCCCUGGAUAAAGACGCCCCCAUCCCUUAUGCAGGGGAGAUCUGUGCGUUCAACAUCCAUGGGCUGGAGGCUCCGUUUGAGGCAGUGGUGCUGAACGGAACGUCUGGCGAGGGUCAGCUGAGGGCACGCGGCCUGGUGGACUGCGAGUUGCAAAAGGAGUACACCUUUAUCAUCCAAGCUCAUGACUGCGGUUCAGGCCCUGGGGGUAUGGAGGGCAAGAAGUCUCACAAGGCAGUGGUACACAUCCAGGUCAAUGAUGUGAAUGAGUUUGCUCCCGUGUUUCGAGAGCCACAGUACAGAGCUGCUGUGACAGAAGGAAAGAUUUAUGACAGCAUCCUGCAAGUCGAGGCCACAGAUCAGGACUGUUCACCACAGUACAGUCAGAUCUGCAACUACCAGAUCACCACCACUAACACGCCUUUUGCUAUAGAUCGAAAUGGAAACAUCCGAAACACAGAGAAGCUGAGUUUUGACCGACAGCAACACUACGAGAUCCAGGUGACUGCUUGGGAUUGUGGCCAGAAGAGAGCCUUGCAAAGUGUCCCGGUUCACAUUGAUGUCAAGCCGGUCUGCAAACCUGGCUGGCAAGGGUGGAAUAAACGAGUGGACUAUGAGCCAGGAACAGGCAGUAAGCAGCUGUUUCCCAAGAUGCACCUUGAGACCUGUGGUGAGCCGCUGUCUUCGUUGAGGGUCACCGUGGAGCUGCAGACCAGCCACAUCGGGAAGGGCUGCGACCGAGAGACCUACUCAGAGAAAUCUCUACAGAAACUUUGUGGCGCCUCAUCGGGUAGCACCGACCUCCUCCCGGCCCCCAGCGCCGCCACCAACUGGACAGCCUCCCUUGUGUCUGACAAUGGACGGGACAGCGACCUGAUCUUCAGGUUUGACGGGCAUCAGGCGGCCAAAAUCCCUGACUGGGUGGUUCCCCAGAAUCUGACCGACCAGUUCACAAUCGCAACGUGGAUGAAGCACGGACCGAGCCCCGGGCUCAGAGCUGAGAAGGAGACACUGCUCUGUAACUCUGACAAAACCGAGAUGAAUCGUCAUCACUACUCGCUGUAUGUCCAUAAUUGCCGGCUGGUAUUCCUGCUGAGGAGGGACUUUACACAGGUGGACACCUUCAGACCAGCAGAGUUCCACUGGAAAUUGGAGCAGAUAUGUGACAAGGAGUGGCAUUACUACGUCAUCAACGUGGAGUUCCCGGUGGUGGCGCUCUACGUGGAUGGAGUCACUUACGAUCCCUACCUGGUGACGGAUGACUGGCCCAUCCAUCCAUCGCAGAUUGAUGUGCAGCUCACAGUUGGUGCCUGCUGGCAAGGUGGAGAAGUUACCAAGCCCCGGUUCACUCAGUACUUCCGGGGAAGCUUAUCGGGACUGACCAUCCGACCAGGGAAGAUCGAGAGUCAGAAAGUCAUUUCCUGUCUGCAGGCCUGCAAAGAGGGACUGGACAUUAACUCCCUUGAGAGCUUGGAUAAGAGUAUAAAGUUUCACUUCAACCCAGCUCAGUCCAUUUUGGUGAUGGAGGGAGAGAAUCUGGAAAACAUUAACACAGCUGUGAGGAAAGUUUCCUACAUUAACUCCCGCCAGUUUCCCACACCGGGCAUCCGCCGCCUGCAGAUCUCCACCACCGUCCAGUGUUUUGGUGAAGACACGUGCAUCACGAUCCCCAGCAUUGAGGCGGUGGUGAUGGUGCUGCAGCCCAGUGAGCCCAGGAUCACCAUCAGUGGGGUGGAGAGACUCAGCCAGUCGGCCUCUGACUUCAGAGCGGCGGGAGGCAUCUCUCUAUUUCAGGACCUCCACAUUAUCAGCACAGUCACCAGGGCAGACACCACCCCCCGUCACACAGCUCAUCAACCCGGCGUCCUGGAGGAGAUCAUUCAUAACUUGGACUACUGUGAUAUUCUUGUGUUGGGGGAGGAGCUAAAUCCAAAGCAAGAAUCUCUCCAGCUGCAGCUGAGCUCGCUUCUGGGAAAACACCUCGAUGCAACCAACUCCACGUCCGGCAUGUCCAUAUAUGGCGUGGACUCCAUGACAAAUUAUGAGCAGGUGAUCAGACAGGUACAUUACUACCACCUGCAGCCCGGACAGCUGACAGAGAGGAGGUUUCGCCUGACCUGCUCAGAGCUCAACGGCCGCUACACCAGCAACGAGUUUACCCUUGAGGUGAGCGUCUGGCACAGCUCAGAAACAGAGGAACACAUCAGUCACAUGGUGGCCCCGCCUCAGUACAUGCAGGUGGUCCACCACCCAUCCAUGAUCAGCGACCUUUACCCCAACCAUGCUUCAGGUGUCCCGAGCGCUGCCACGGUGGUGAUCGUCAUGUGCAUCGCCGCCCUGGUGGUAGUGGUGGUGUUGGGCAUAUACCACAUCCACAUGACCCACCAGCAGGAGGUGAAGCAGGGGGAAACGGCUAAGGAGGCAGAAACAAACUGGGACGACUCUGCUCUGACGAUUACAGUCAACCCCAUGGAGAAUUUGAAGAACCACACAGCAGGAGAGGAAGAGGCCAGCGAGGAGGAAGAGGAUGAAGAGGAGGAGGAAGAUGAUGAGGAUGAAGAGGAUGAAGAGGUCACCAGCGAUGAAUCAGAUGACAGUGAGGAGGAAGUGGACGUCCAGCUACCCAGGAUGCAACGCUCAAGUGAGAAGCCCCAAAGAUGGGACAAACCAACAAUAUGCUAUUGAAAACAUACAUUCACACACACGCCCUCUGACACACACACGCGCGCACACCCACGCAUUCUGUAACACAUCCUCGAUGAAAUCCCACAUCAGAUGGCUGUAAACAACAACAAAAAGGGACUUCAAGUGCUUGAAAAAUAAAGUAUUGUUGCCCCCUAGUGGAAGAUUGUAUGAAAACACAAACAAAUGCAGAUCAGAGAAACAAUGGGGCGCUAGAACUGCUUCUCAAACAACAAAGCUCUGCAAAUCUGGGUCAUUCUCGGAGAGAUGAUAGCUCUCCCUCAUUUCUACUGUCUUCUGUGAGAACAAGUUGUAAGAAACCCAUUUUUUGUCGACUCGGUCCCAUCUUUCCAGUUUGAUGUGUAAAAUUCCACAGUAAGAUUUCUGAUGUCCCCACAUUAAAAAUGCAAAACAGCCUUUAUUUAAGAAAAAAAUGAGUUGCAAGAGUAAAGAAAAUGAGACUAUUUUUUGGUUUGUAUACUUAUUAUUUGUCUUUAUUCUAGCCAAUAUGGCAAAGCCAGGUGAUUUUACAGAAAAAGCAUAUUUUCAAUGGUAUUUUAAAAAAACAAAGAAAAAAAAAGAUCAAUGUGCUGUUUCAGAUGUCAUGUCGAAUUAUCAGCCAGCUCUACGUUCUGGGUUUUUGAGAAUAGAAGAGGAGUCUCCUUGUACAUUUUUAUACGCUCCCUUCUUGUAAAUAUCAAGUAUAGUAAGUGACACCCCUCCUCAUCCUUCUCCUUUAUCACAGUCCUGAAAUGUUCAACAACCCUCCUCUCUUCACCUGUACACAGCACACGUCACUUGUUCAAAUGUAUGGACACACUCUGAUCCCUUAGCCUGCAAGAAUACAACCCGAAGGCUGCUUUUUUCCCAACCAAACUGGUUCCAAGACUAACUGGGAUCCACAGCAGAAUUUCUUUAUGUUUGAAAUGGUGAAGCAUCUCAAAACCUCUUUACUGGCCUAAGAUGGAGAGACCUCAGAGAAACAAGUGAAAUAAAGUGAUCAUUUUGUCUGAAAGUUUUUCUCACAUCUCCUUAAUUCAAGACAAAAGCAACAAAACACCAAGCGUCACCAGUAUUAAGAAAUCAGAUUAGCACUAGAAUGACACAAUAUUAUUAUCUAUCCUCUUCCUGCUGUCUUAGUAUCACCAGUAAGUAAUGUGUGUCAAGGCUUUGCAGUUGGACUCAGUAUUGCAAAUUUAAAUCCCAUUUCACUUAAUGCCAUUUACUCACUGAUAUAAAUAAAUUGUCACCAACUGGUCUUUUCAAAUCCUGCUUUAUGCAGAAUGCUAAGGCAUUUUAUACUUUUUGUGGUUUAGCUCCAGGACAAGGUCAUUGCAGCUAACAUUGACUUUAACUCAAAUGUAUGUGCGACUGUCUCUGUAGAUACUGCAAUUUCAAGCUGUCGUUUUAUGAAACUUUCUCUCAAAAAUACAGAUUAUAGCCGCCAUUAUCAACAACUUUCACUGAAAAUUUUUUAUCUUACAGCUUUGAGUCUUCUUGAAUUAUAUUAGGCGACAUCCCAAGCAAAAGGAUUUGAAGUUGACGUUUUAAGCUGUCUUUAACAUAUUCACCAUAGAGACAGAGGUUGAAAGGUCAGAAGUUAAAUUAUCAACUUAAGCCUUGCUGAUAUCUAAAGUUGGCUCUAUUUGCCAUUUCAAAAAAGAUUCCACUGCGGUAAAAAUGACAUGCCGUGGUAGGCAGCUCCGGUUUUUGCACCCCCAAUAAAGUUGAGUUUGAUUCCUAAAACUGAUUAAGUACAAAACCUCAAAAGAAAGGAAACAACCAGCAGUCUAACUCUCUGUUGAUAAAGUUUGAAGAAAAAGCUUGGAAAUGUCAGCUGAACAUACAGUUGCCUUUCUAAUAGCUUCUUACUAAUUAUUUUGCUGCCUGUUACUUUUCUAACGUCUUACCGAUACUUAAAGUAGCUAACUCUGAGUCUUCUUUCCAUUAACUUCCACUUGUUUAGCAUGAUCAGGGAAUACUUAGAUAUGAUCCAGUAACUGAUUAUAAAGGAUAGAACAUUUUGAGUAGAAUUGUUUGGUGUUAAAAACUUUACUUGUAAGCUGAUGUUGACUUGGGGUCAUUGCAGGGCAUCUGUGACUGCCUCUGUAAGUAUAGGGUGACGAAACACAUGUUCUUUCAGAGGUUGGGAAGCUGAAAAAGAUUAAAUUUGAGUCAGUCUUGUUGUGAAAAAAAUUUUACAACCUUGAAUUGUCCGAAUUGUGUUAGUUUUGACUCUUGUUUCUGAACCGAAGAUCUGCAGCUCUAGUAUGACACCUAGUGGCCAUAAAAAUAAUUGUCCAAUUGAAGAAGCCUAUUUCACUACACAUUUCCUUACCAAAUCACAAACUUAAAUACAAAAAUAUAACACAUGACAUUAAAUUAUAGCUGCAAUAAAAUGACACCAGAGAGAGAAAUUCUAAACUUGUCAAGUAACUGUUCUAUUUCAUAAUCGUUUAUCAAAUCAACUGCAUAUUUUCCAAAGUCAUUUAAAGUCAAUUUAGUCAUUUAAACAAAAGGUUGUCAUUUUCUUGUGUGCUAUUAUCAUAAAUAUUUGCAGUAGGUCUAUAAAUAUGCUGCAGGAGUAUGCAAUCCUAGUGCAUUUGCCGACACUUAAAUCUACAAAAUGGAGAAAUAGUCUGGUGCAGCUGUGGAAGAAGUGGAAACAAAAUGAAUACACAUUUCAUGAGUCACUUUUCACUUGCUCAAAGACCUCAGAUGGAAGUUGUUUCAUAUCAAAGUGAAAGGGCAUUAAUCUCUGACUGUGGGCAUCCUGACCCAGUCUGGUUGUACCGUUUGAUAGCAGAUAAACCAGUCCUGUGAGGAAAAAUCAACGUUUUUUUGCUGGAAAGAGGCCUCUGGUGAGCCUCAAGUUCUUGAGGGCAAAUCUACUGUAUGUGUGUACCGUAAGCUCUAUUGUAUCUCCAUGUAAAGCUCUCAUAUGUUGUUUAGGAAUUUUCCUCAUCUGCCUUGAAACCUGGUCUUGUGAUAUCACCUUCCCUCCCGCACCCCCAAUUUAAAGCUUUGGUGGAUUUUGCAUCGGCCCGAUCCUCAGUGUUGUCCUGACGUUUGUUUUAGAAGAGGACAUUGGAAUUAACAUUGAAACCUUGUACAACGUGUAAAUUUUUUUUUGUUUUUGGUUUUGUUUUUUGGACUCUUUGUUCAGUUUUUCUUUGGAAUGGUCACUACAGCACUUUCUGUAAAUUGGCCAAUAAAAACUUGUUUUUGAAUCA